GCAUAACUUACUGCAAGGGCAGACUGCGUGGAUGUGCUUUCUGUCAGUGCGCUAGAAAGAAAAAAGUAUACAAGCUGUACAAAACUGGAGUUUCCAGCGAGACUCAGCUGAGUUCAUUCGCAGGAUACCUUUGUGUAAGCCAAGGGCUUAUCUGUGUUCCAUCUACUGUAUUUGGAAAGGGUCGCUGCUAGAUAUGAACAGUAAAGGGACUGCAGGGGAAGACGCGCUGCUUCUACUGUACGCCUAGUCUUUGGGAUUGGAAAGGCACGGCACCCGAUUUCUUCUUACUGGAUGUUUGAUGAAGCACGUUUGUUCUUCUUUUCUAACUCUGGAAACCGUGGAUUUACAAGGAGCCACUGGGGUUGUUUGGGGUUCUUUAUUUCCCACCAAAUCCUUUUCCACCAAAGGGAAUUUAACGCUUUUCAAAAACAAAUAUAGCGCAACAUCAUGGAGACUGUAACUCGACCAAGCUUUCAACCUCACCCAGGACUGCAAAAGACUCUCAGCCAGUUUCAUCUGAGUUCCAUGAGCUCCCUCGGCGGUCCGGCCGCGUUCUCGGCUAGAUGGGCGCAGGAGAUGUUGUAUAAAAAAGAUGGCAAAGAUCCAGAACCGGUCCUUCACAUACCCAUCCAGCCUCCUCCUGUGAUGCCGGGGCCCCUCUUCAUCCCGUCAGACCGGUCCACUGAAAGGUGCGAGACUGUCCUGGAGAGCGAGACCAUCUCGUGUUUUGUAGUCGGCGGGGAGAAGCGGUUGUGUUUGCCCCAGAUCCUCAACACCGUCUUGCGAGAUUUCUCCCUGCAGCAAAUCAACUCCGUCUGUGACGACCUACACAUCUAUUGCUCCAGGUGCACGGCGGACCAGCUGGAGAUCCUUAAAGUCAUGGGGAUUUUGCCCUUCUCUGCACCUUCUUGCGGCCUCAUCACCAAAACGGACGCCGAGCGGCUCUGCAAUGCCCUCAUCUACGGGGGUACCUACCCGCCCCACUGCAAAAAGGAGUUCUCGGGAACUUUGGAGUUGGAACUGACGGAGAAGAGCUUCAAGAUAUACCACGAGUGCUUCGGCAAGUGUAAAGGGCUCUUCGUUCCGGAGCUGUACACGAGUUCCAACGCAGCCUGCAUCCAGUGCAUGGACUGCAGACUCAUGUACCCGGCUCACAAGUUCGUGGUCCACAGUCACAAAGCCUUGGAAAACAGGACUUGCCACUGGGGUUUUGACUCUGCCAACUGGAGGGCUUACAUCCUCCUCAGCCAGGAUUACACGGGAAAAGAGAUUCUCCCCGCGGACCUCGGAGUCUGGGUUACAAUCCACUCCAGCAGCUCAGGAUACACGGGGGGGGAAAAGAGGAGGAAGGGGGGCGCUGGAGCAACUUGGGAUGAAAUAGAACUGAGAAAAUACAGCUCUGUGGAGCGGAUGCAGUCUGAGCUAAGGGGGAGGGAGGAGGAGGGGAUGGCAGUGGAGGGGGGGAGGGAGCGCGAGAGGAUGGAACAGCCCUGUCUGGGCCUCCAGCCUCCUGGCUAG